AUGAAGUCUCGGCGUCACCAAGAAAACUCAGAUCUUAAUUUUAAUCGCGCCAAAGACAACUGCUAUCUUUCUGACUUCAAGGUUCCAUUUGAAUUUCGUGAACCAUACAUUUUAACCGGCUAUCGCCGUCCACAAUUGUCUGCUUGGGAAUGUUUACUGAGUUUGUUCAAGAGAACGAACGAAACCAUUAAUGUUUGGUCACAUGUUGCUGCCUUUGCUGUCUUCGUUAUUCGCUCGAUCAUCGUCUUCAGGCAGCACAAUCCAUUUGAGGAUGCUUUUGUUUAUCCGUUACUUUCCUUUGCUAUUGGGACAUCAGCUAUGUUCUUCAUGAGCUCAGGAGCGCACCUUUUCAACUCGAUGUCGAGCAAGAUUCGCCAUGUUUGCUUCUUCUUCGACUAUGCUGCUAUUGGAGUGUACGCGUUUUCUGUGGGACAGGCCAUGUACUUUUACUCAAGACCUUUAAAUAGUGACAGGCUGAUGUUUCGAUCCCAUUCACUUUUCAUGGUUGUUUGUGUCAUGGUCUCCAUUUUUUCGACUUUUUCCUGUUGUGCAUCCAGACACCGUUGGAUCGAUUUCAAGUUCCUCAUUCGAACCGGAACUUUCGCGGCAUCUUUUUUUAUAAACACGCUGCCAUAUUGGCUGCGGAUGUACGACUGUUCAUCAGAAGUAGAUUGUAAUGUUGUGUCUAUCCCGUAUUUUAAGCGACAGUUUAUGUUCUUUGCGGUAGCUGCUUUGGCUAACGGUAGCAGGUUGCCAGAGAGACUUCUACCGGGCGUGUUCGAUUUCUGUGGCCAAAGUCAUCACUUUUUACACAUACUUUGUGCGAUCGGAGCAGUGGAUGAAUAUUCAGCCCUUUAUUUGGACAUGUUAGGAAGGAGGCAGGCUUUGGAAAAUUUAUCAAACCUACCCACCUUUACAAACAGCCUUUGUGUGAUAUUGCUUGUACUCGCAUGUAAUGUUGCGGUGGUUAUCUGGUUUACAAAGUCAAUGAAGUCGGUUGAGAGUGCAAACAACACCAGUUCUUCAGAUAAAGAUGACUAA